AUGACCGUGGCAUCGACGAGCCGCAUUCCAGCAGACGUGGCUACGAAAAUCGUGCUACAGGCAGGCAGCCAGGUCACUAGCGGCGCCACAGUCACAACCGGAAAUGUCAUCCAACACUUCCACGCCAAUGCACCACCGGACAACUCGAAUGGCAAACUGGUUGAAGAAAUCGCGGACUGGCUCAAAACCAAAGUCAACUUUCGAGCCAUCCACAACGACGUUACGAAGAAAAGGGCCGAGGACACGGGGGAUUGGUUCAUCGACAGUCCCGCGUACAAGGAAUGGAAACAGAACAAAGGGUCGCGUGUCAUCGACGAUCUGCUGCACGAAGAGUCCAAUGACCCAAAAAUUUGCGUCCUCUUCACCUACAACCGUUAUGACGAUCUGCUAUCCACCGCCGAGAUUCUGAAGGGUUUGGUUCUCCAGGCUACGCAGAAGCAGAUCCCGCAGUUCCUUGACGCCGUCAAAUCGACUCAAUCACGGUGUAAACAGCAACGAGUUGAACCAACCGAAGACGACAUGAUCAGUCUCCUCCUCAAGCUGGAGGAUAUCUUCGACCGCGUCUAUUAUAUCUUCGAUGGCGCAGACGAGCUGGUCCAGCCACACGUCAAGACUAAAACUCUAGAAGGGCUCAUCAAGGCAAUCAAUGGACUGAAAGGCGGAAAUGCCAUCAUUGCAUCCCGGCCAUUACAAGUGCUGAAAAAAUUCGAACGUGUUACUGAAGUCGAGUUGAACGCCCAAAGCGACGAUAUGCGAAUCCUCAUCAAUGGCAAGAUCGACUGGUCUCCAAACCUUCGUGAGGUGCUCGAGGAGAGUGGGAAGCGAGAAGAGAUCGUCGACGACAUAAUAGACAGAGCUGGUGGGAUGUUCCUGCACGCUGCGUUGCAAGUGGAAACACUCGACGGCUGCCCCACUAUUGCAGAUGUACGAGAGGAGCUGAGGAACUUCCCGAAGGACAUAACAGCAAUGUACAAGAAGACUUUCGACCGAAUUGAAGGCCAACACCCCCGGUUUGUGACACUGGCGAAGAUGACCUUGCUUUGGCUUGUACAUGCCAAGGGCUCGCUCCGGGUAGAGGACCUCCGGGCUGCGCUGGGGGUCAGCCCAGAGACGUUCAGUGUUGAGGAGGACCGCAUUCCCAAACUGGACGCCAUCAUCUCAGCAUGCUCCGGUCUGAUAGAACAUCAUCAGGAGACUGGCGUUGCUCGCCUUGUUCACUUCACUGCCCGAGACGCUUUGGAGCCACUGUUGGCCCGCGACUUCCCCCAACCCCAUAAACUCAUCACCAAGAUUCUUCUUCAACGAAUGAUCGACAACAACAUCCCCAAUUGCACCGUGGAAGGCUGGUCUGAACUGCGAGAACUCCUUCGGAAACCUCUCCUUGAUUACGCUUAUAAACACUGGGCAGAGCAUGUCAGGGAAUGCGGGGAAGAGGACGACACUCGUCGAGACGUUGCCAACUUUCUGUGCAAGUGUACUUCGUUUCCACAGAGGGACCAGUACUCCUUUAUGGGUUACGAUUCCUUUCAACCAUUGCACCUCGCUGCCGCCUACAACUUCCCGUGGUUUAUCGAAGAGGUCCUGGCACGCCAUAAUCUGUCUCUGGUACACAACCAACAACCUUGUGGACACUCCAAUUUCGAGGGAUUGGAUGUCAAUGCGCAAUCCAGAGAAGGUGUAACCGCUCUCAGGUUGGCCGCGCUGCAUGGACAUGGAAGCUGUAUACAGCUCCUUUUAGGAUUCCCCGCCAUUGACGUCAACACUGGAUAUACAACGCCGCUGGCACAAGCUGCCUGGAAUGGUCACGCAGACAUUGUCGAGCGGCUUCUCAAGGUGCCAGGCAUCGACGUCAACGCUGGAUUUGCAACGGCGCUGGCACAAGCUGCAGGGAGUGGUCACGCAGACAUUGUCGAGCGGCUGCUCAAGGUGCCGGGCAUCGACGUCAACGCUGGAUUUGAAAACGCGCUGGCACAAGCUGCAGGGAGUGGUCACGCAGACAUUGUCGAGCGGCUUCUCAAGGUGCCGGGCAUCGACGUCAACGCUGGAGUUCCAACGGCGCUGGCACAAGCUGCAGAGAGUGGUCACACAGACAUCGUCGAGCGGCUUCUCAAGGUGCCGGGCAUCGACGUCAAUGCUGGAGAUCCAACGGCGCUGGCACGAGCUGUAGGGGUUGGUCACACAGACAUGGUCGAGCGGCUUCUCAAGGUGCCGUGCAUCGACGUCAACGCUGGAGAUACAACGGCGCUGGCGUGGGCUGCAUUGAGUGGUCGCCAAGACAUCGUCGAGCGGCUUCUCAAGGUGCCGGGCAUCGACGUCAACGCUGGAGUUCCAACGGCGCUGGCACGAGCUGCAGGGAGCAGUCACACAGACAUUGUCGAACGGCUUCUCAAGGUGCCGGGCAUCGACGUCAAUGCUGGAGAUCCAACGGCGCUGGCACGAGCUGUAGGGGUUGGUCACACAGACAUGGUCGAGCGGCUUCUCAAGGUGCCGGGCAUCGACGUCAACGCUGGAGAUACAACGGCGCUGGCACAAGCUGCAGAGAGUGGUCACACAGACAUCGUCGAGCGGCUUCUCAAGGUGCCGGGCAUCGACGUCAAUGCUGGAGAUCCAACGGCGCUGGCACGAGCUGUAGGAGUUGGUCACACAGACAUGGUCGAGCGGCUUCUCAAGGUGCCGGGCAUCGACGUCAACGCUGGAGAUACAACGGCGCUGGCGUGGGCUGCAUUGAGUGGUCACACAGACAUUGUCGAGCGGCUUCUCAAGGUGCCGGGCAUCGACGUCAACACUGGACGUGCAACGGCGCUGGCACGAGCUGCAGAGAGUGGUCACACAGACAUCGUCGAGCGGCUUCUCAAGGUGCCGGGCAUCGACGUCAACGCUCCGGAUACGGAUGUAUUUGGGUUAGGGAGGACGGCACUAAUGAAGGCUGUAGCGAAUGGUCACAAAGAUAUUGUCGCGAGACUUCUCAAAGUUCCAGGAAUUGCGGUGAGCGUUAUCGAUGACCAUGGAAGGACAGCCUUGGAUCUCGCGCGUGAAGUCGCAGCAAGUGCCCAUCGGGGGAUCGAUGAUGAUGAUGAAAAUGUAGCACAGGUGAUACUCCAAAUGCUAAUGGAUGCUCAGACGGAUGAGUCGACGCCAGCCUUUGUCGACGCUACUUCCGCCGUGGAUGGCUGCCAGAUAAUGAACGAGAGCUUAAUCAACUCCUGUUGGGCCCCGCCGCUGUACCCCAGCUGGGAACGCGAGAAUCCUGACGAUGGCUCGACUUCAUACUGGAUGAGCUACUCGGUGGAAUCCUCUAAUGAUCUCCAGCCUAUCGAUCCACCCGUAAGCCGUGGCGCAACAUCCCCGACUAGCCUGUAA